AUGAAGAAGCAGAUGCGGAAAUGGGCGUCGGGACGAAAUUAAAUAUACAAAUGGCGGGGGACAGAGACGGCGGUCUCACAGUGGACUGUGAUAAAAGUAAACAUGUUUGAGAGCUCAGUAGAACGUUUUCAAGGAGCGAAAAGAUGGCUCCGUAUUACAGCAACACAAUGGACGUAGCCAGGCAAGUCUAACUCAAACGAGUUCAACACAGCUUGCUUUGUUUAGGCAAAACUGGCUAACCCAGUCACUAAGCGACAUUUAUGUAUUUCAAUACAAAUAUGCAUACUUAAAGGCUAAUAUAAUAUCGUAAGACGCGUUAAUAAUAUCAUAUUUUGAUGACAUUCUGUGAGUAAAUGGAAUGGUCUACCUGCUAUCUUGCUGGCUGUGUAACAUCCCUGGACGACUGAGACGAUGUCUAAUGGCAAGAUUAUCCCAGACACGCCGCUGGCUGUUGACUUCUGGAAAGUUCGUAAAUGUCCAGGGACGCGACUUUUCUUCCUGUCUCACAUGCACAGCGACCACACGGUGGGCCUCACCUCCACUUGGACAAACCGACCCAUCUACUGCUCACCUGUCACUGCCUCUCUGCUCAGAGUUAAACUGGGGGUGAAGGAGCAGUGGAUCCACCCAUUAGAACUGGAUAACUCCUACCUUCUAUCUCUGGAUGACGUUGGCAAAGAGAAGAUGACAGUUACUCUAAUUGAUGCCAACCACUGUCCAGGGGCUGUCAUGUUCCUCUUUGAGGGUUACUUCGGUUCUAUACUUUACACUGGUGAUUUCAGGUAUUCCCCAUCAAUGCUGCGUGAUCUUUGCCUUAUUACAAGCGCCACAAUCAAUGUUCUGUACUUGGACAACACCAACUGUGACCCCAAUCGCGUGAUCCCCACGAGAAAGCAAGCCACUCAGCAAAUUAAGGAGAUCAUCCGCAGCCACCCUGACCAUAAUGUAGUCUUAGGCCUCUAUGCGCUGGGCAAAGAGUCCCUGCUCGUGGAUUUGGCCAUGGAAUUUCAAACUUGGAUUGAGGUUAGCUCUGAGAGAAUGAACACCCUCAAAUUGCUGGAACUCCCUGACGUUUUCACCACUGACCCGGGUGCUGGGCGUAUCCGAGUCGUGGAGCAGAGAGAGAUUUCCUUUUCUGCCUUGUGCCAGUGGAACAAGGAAGAGCCCACCCUGGCUAUCUAUCCCACCAGCAGGCCCCUGGUCUCCUUUCAUCCCAAAGUCCAUGUGGUGCCCUACUCCGAUCACUCAUCUCAUCAAGAGCUGAUAGACUUUGUCUCCGGACUCAAACCUUUGUCUCUUGUGCCUAUUAUAGGGAAUGGCAUUCCAGGAAGCCUCUCUGCCUUACUCCCUGGCAAAAGGCAUGAGAUAUUGGUGCCGGAAUCAGUACGACGAUACAUGGGGAGGCUGCCUGAAAACAAUAUGAAAUCAUCAGCCUCUUCAAACUGUCGUCACCAACAUGUCCGACCGCUUGCCCCAAAAGGAGUAGUGUUUGAAUCUCCUGUAAGUUUAGCCAAGUCAGGCUCGAAAGCGGGGUGUCUGGAUCAAGAUUCUUCCUCUGAGGAAGAGGAGGAGAUGGACAUAGAGAUUGUUGAAAAACAAUGUGACUAUAUCCCUGGCGAUUCAAACAAGAAACUCACCGCUUAUAGAAACCGACGUGAACCUGUCGACCCGUGGAGCAUCAACAUUGUAAGGACCAUCCCGGAGGAAAUGUUGUUGGCACACUCGAUAACGCUCAGUCAACUCAGUCAGAGCAACUUUGCACCUGCGGUGAUUGUGAGGAACACGAAUGUAUGCUUACGGCCGCUCUGGUGCACAGAAAAGUCCAUUGAUGAGACAUCGUCAAAUGGUAAUUACAGUCAGCCUGGUGAAUAUCCACAUGUUGGUAACAGCACACCAAGGUCAGAUGAUGACAGCAUGAGUGAGUGUGAAGGACAAGCUGCCCUGCAGCACUCCAAACACUUGACACAAAACAACAGUGAAUCUUUGUUCCACUCAAGUGUUGAUAGCCAAUCCUGCACUUCAUUAAGUUCCUUAAAAGAGACUUAUACAGAACAGCUUGAAAACAAGAUUUUGAGUGAACUAAUUUUCACAGAAGACGACAUAAAGGUAUACUGCCUCCUGAAGAAGAGUGAUGUGCAGAUGUCUGCUGUUUGUCCUGUACACAAGCAAGAUACGCUUACAUCUCUGACUAAAUGACCCGAUGUCCACAUAUUUAACUUCCUCAAAAAGCCUUUUCUUUGUUUUCCUUGUGUUUUUCUAAACGUGCACCUAUAAACACAUCUCAGUAUAUGUAGCAUUUCUCUUUGGCGCCUGUACUUAGGGAUAGGAAUCGAAAACCGGUUGUUGUUCAGAACCAUUUUACAGUGUAUCAAUUUCUUGGAAUUGCUUGAAAUGUUUUCAAAGCAAUUAUUUUAAUGAUUACAGUGGGCGGGAAUGCUGUCAUUGCCAAACAUCAGACAGCAACAUGGCGGCAGAAACGCUCCAAAGUCUUUUUACAAGAAAAUAUUGCAACACCGCUACUUGUAAACAUUGCAAGGCUACUAUUUCAUCUAGAGAUGGACACUCGAGCGAUUUGGCAAAACAUUUAAACACAAAACAUUAAUUAACUAUAAGUGAAUGUCGCUUUUCUGAACCGGUCUGAUCUCAUCCCAGCAGCAGUCACCUGGCGUGAAUACAACAGAUACUAACACCGCAUAUAAAGUCGACACUAUUAUUUGUGAAAUUUAAGUGAAUGCCUUCUCAUUAAAACAGGCAUUUUAAAAGACAGAUGUUUGCUGAUUCCAAGGCGGGUAGUACAGGCUCCAGUUCACGUCUGCCGCUAGACAAAUGUCACCGAGCAACGACUAUAUUUGCGAUCAGAAGUUAGCACCCAUUUGCCACAGAAGACACAAUUUUUGUAGGUAGGUGAAUGUUCAAUUUUAGUCAGACAAAAGUUGCAUAUUUCCCCCAAUCAGAUCUUCACAGUCAUUAUGUAUAAGUCCAUUGAUGUCAGCAGUUCAAUUUUAAAUGUGAAACUAAUUUAUUAACUAACUGAGAUAAACCAUGCCUUUAUUCCUUAUAAUAAUGAUGAUCAUGGCUAACAAUUUUUGAAAUUCCACAUUUUCUGAGAUUUUCAGUUUAAGGUUUUCCUAAGCCUGGACAUUUCGCUUCCAAUGGUCAAAGCGAAAAUAGGCCAAACACCGUUUUUUACCACACUACUGGUGAGGAAUUCAGCAUCAUACCGCCAUACAUAAAUAUAAGUCGCGUGACUAAUUCAGCUAACAUGCAGCUCUACGGGCUUCACAGUGGAAGAGGGGUUAGUGCGUCUGCCUCACAAUACAAAGGUCCUGCAGUCUUGGGUUCAAUCCCAGGCUCGGGAUCUUUCUGUGUGGAGUUUGCAUGUUCUCCCCGUGAAUGCGCGGGUUCCCUCCAGGUACUCCGGCUUCCUCCCACUUACAAAGACAUGCACCUGGGGAUAGGUUGAUUGGCAACACUAAAUUUGCUCUAGUGUGUGAAUGUUGUCUGUCUAUCUGUGUUGGCCCUGCGAUGAGGUGGCGACUUGUCCAGGGUGUACUCCACCUUCUGCCCGAUUGUAGCUGAGAUAGGCGCCAGCGACCCCAAAAGGGAAUAAGCGGUAGAAAAUGGAUGGAUGCAGCUCUACAUCUUUUAUAGACAUUUGUAACCUUAAAACAUUAUAAAAAGGUAAUUUCCUACAGAUUUUUGCUAUUUCCAGGUACAACUACCGUAUUUUUCGGACUAUAAGUCACAUUUUUUUUCAUAGUUUGGCCAGGGGUGCGACUUAUACUCAGGAGCGACUUAUGUGUGAAAUUAUUAACACAUUACCGUAAAAUAUCAAAUAAAAUUAUUUAGCUCAUUCACGCAAGAGACUAGACAGAUAAGAUUUCAUGGGAUUUAGCAAUUAAGAGUGACAGUUUGUUUGGUAAAUGUAUAGCAUGUUCUAUAUGUUAUAGUUAUUUGAAUUAAACUUACCAUAAUAUGUUACAUACCAGGCACCCUCUCAGUUGGUUAUUUAUGUGUCAUAUAACGUACACUUAUUCAGCCUGUUGUUCACUAUUCUUUUUUAUUUUAAAUUGCCUUUCAAAUGUCUAUUCUUGGUGUUGGGUUUUAUCAAAUACAUUUCCCCGAAAAUGCGACUUAUACUCCAGUGCGACUUAUAUAUGUUUUUUCCCUUCUUUAUUAUGCAUUUUCGGGAGGUGCGAUUUAUACUCCGAACAAUACAGUAAUUCCUCCUAGAUAUUUCAUCUGAUCGCUUUCAAACUUUACCCAGACAGAUUAGACAUGGAGGAUGCUACGUUUUGAUGCACUUGGGUUUUAAUGAUAGUACGCGGGCGAACUAUGGUGACAAGGAGAUGAUACGGCUGACUGCAAAUAUAGUUGUGUGGGUCAUGGCGUGCGCUGAUCAUCCUCUCAAUGUACGAUCUUUGGUCAUGCAGAGCUGAACCCGCUACAACUCCAGACGACAACGUAACACAAUGAAGUCCAGUUUUACUUUUAAAAAUCAUCAAUCCAAAAUGUGCUGUCAACAUAACAUUAACAAUAAAUUAUACUGACAUAACAAUACUGAUUUCACCUGAAUGAAAUUGAUGUAAAACCUCCCAUAGCCCUCGUGCCACGUGAUCUAGGACAUGAACAAUGAAAGGUCAAAAGUUCAAAUUCAUGUCGGAGUUAAAGGUUUUAUAUAUAUGUUUUAAUCAUGUUUAAAAACUAUUUUAAAGCGGAUUGGUCAUUGCGUUGCUCAAGGGAAUAUUAUUUAUAUGGUGCUGGUAUACCGAUGAUUUCAGUCUUUCAUAGCUCCUCCUGGACCACCAUGUUUUGACAUGGUAUUUGUUAAAUCCUGGUUAAGGCCCUCGUUAAGAAACAUUGGUCAAUAACUAUUAGAUUUGCUUUGGAGUAAAUUUUGCUCCAAAGUCACAUUCAUAACUAGUUUUGUGAGUACAACUGCAAACGGUUUGUUUAUGGAGACUUUCCCAGAAUGCAAAUGAUUGCUGAUGAUUUUGAUUUUGUGUUAUUUGCCUCCCCAAUUCACAUUACUUUUCACAUAAACAUUGCACAGAACACGUUUAGUUAUUGUGUGUCAAAAUACUUUCAAAUGUUCUUAUUAAGUACUAGACAUUGAAUAUUGUGGAGUGUUUUACUAUUAUUAUUUUUAAUACAAGUUAUUUAUUUUAUUUCUGCUUGUAUUUCUUUUAUUUCUGUGUUAUCGUUGUGUUGGGGAUAUGGAUCCCCUUGGGUCUGAACUAAAAUGACUAUUAUUUCCUGAAAAACUGAUUUCUAUUCAAAAUGGCAUUGUUGUUUUGGAAAUAGAAAUCCAAUUAAAAAAAUGUAUAUCAUACAAUA